AGAAUUAGAUGAUUUUGACAAAAGUUCUGAUGAUGUCAAUGACGAUAUAGAGUUGUUUGAUAAUAGUUUUAAAAGUAGUGAUUCAUUAUUUGAAUUGCCAACUGAAAUCAAAGAUAAAUGA